GCCUGGCAGACCUACUGGAGUCGAUUGUUGGAGCAUUAGUGGGGUGAUAGACAGCGCCACACCCCGCACACCACUCAGCCCCGGGGUGACCACUUUCUCAAUCCGGGUCGUUUCGCGUCCCAUCUCGGCGUUGCCGACCGACCCGCCUCAUUCCCACACACUCACACACAGACGCGAUGGCUCCUGCCGACGUCCUGGUGGCCUCUCCCGUGAACGGCAUGGUGGGGCUCGAGAUGUGCUCUGCCACGCCGCCCGACAGCUGCAAGUCGCCGCACGCGCGCUCGCCGCGCCUGCUGCAGCGCGCGGGCAUGCUCGCGCUCGAGCAGAUCGCCGCAGACGAGACGCAGCCGCCCCAAGCAGCGGAGACCGAAGCGCAGUCAGCGGAGACCGUGGACGCUACGUCGUCCCCGACGCCCACCGCGGCCAAGCGCAAGCGCCACUCACUGUCGCCCACCACCUCCGCAGGUGCACUGGACUGCGAAGGCCCCGAGACCAGCCCGGAUGAGCUUGAGGACUCGCAGCCGUCGCAGCCGCCGCCAGAGGAGGAGCAGGUGAAGCCGCCCACGCCCCCGAUCAAGCGCUUCGUGGCCAAGAGCAGAGACCGCAAGCGCCGCAAAGUGGACGUCAUCGAGACCGCGCUCAAGCGCUUCCACGAAGAGGAGACCAAGACCCCGCGCUGCUCCGAGUUCACGACCAUCUGCCACCCGAAGUACAGCCUCAGCAGGAACAGGAAUCGGAGACGAGAGGCCGCCAAGAUGCGCGUGCAGGUCGGCGUGUCCCUCGCACAAGGCGCGCGCCCGUACAUGGAAGAUCGCUACUCGGUGGUUGAGCGUCUGCUGGACACCGAGGAAGACGCAGAAACGUCGCCCUGCCUGCUGGCGGUGUACGACGGCCACAAUGGUGCGUACGCGUCCGAGUACGCGCGUCGUCGGUUUAAGGACCUGCUCGGCGAGAAUGAAGACCUGACGGAGAUCAGCCGCCGCGCACAAUACGCGGAGCUGGCCGACGACGACGUGGAGAAAGUCCGUGAGCUGCUGGUCGACGCGUUCGCGACCGUGGACGAGGAGAUCCUGCAGCGCACCGUCAUUUUGAACAAGCGUGACGGCUCGACGGUGCUGCUCGGACUUUUGGUGGGCGGUAAGCUUUUCGUUGCGAAUCUAGGUGACUCGCGCGGUGUGCUGGCCCACGCCGAUGAUAACAGUGAGGCGAGCGACGACGACGAAGACGACGAGGUGGUGGCAAGUGCCGUGCGCUUGUCAGUGGAUCACAAGCCAGACCUCAAGGAGGAGACUGAGCGCGUGGAAGAGGCGGGAGGCAAAGUCAUCUUCUCGGGCUGCUGGCGCGUGGCACACGACCAGAUUCCGCUUCGCCUGGCAAUCAGCCGAUCGCUGGGUGACCACCCGCUCAAGACCAAUCUACCAGCAUCCUGCUCAGCCCCGCUGGUGUCGGUGGUCCCAGAUGUUCGUGUAGUCAAUGUGGAAGCAGCGGGUGAGUAUCUCGUGUUUGCCAGCGACGGUCUGUGGGACCGUUUGAGUGACGACGAUGCCGCCAAGAUUGUUCGUUCCAAGGUGGCGGAGUUCCACUGGGCCGAGGAGCCCACGAGCGCCGAGGAUGUGACGAAAGAGGCGCUGCAGUUCGCCGCCAACGCGCUCGUGGAGGCGGCUCUGCUCAAGCGCAGCAUGGACAACAUCACGGCCAUGGUCAUCUCGUUCUCGGAGCAGCCCGAAGACGAGGAGGAAACUAACGCAUAAGCACACCCAGAAAAACCAGAAGCUUGAAAAGCAAUCUUCGUCAGUCACAGCGCUGGCUUGUCGAGAUAUAAUAGAGAUCCGCCUCUGUACGGUGGUGGAGUAGUUUUCAGAAACCCAUAUUCCUCUAGCUUUUCCCGCUCUAAACAACAAUGUAGAAGUAGUAACACAAUAAUCAUCAAACGACUGCUGCCGCCGAGCCUUUCAACUCAGCCUCUUCUGUUGGCGAGCAGUCAUUC